CAAACAAAUUAGUCCGUCCAAUCAGGUGAAGCUAGUGGUCCUUGGUCGCUGAGCGCAGAUUACAGUUUACGUAGCAUCUUCAAAUUGCUACUGUACAGCUAGAUAUCUAGCUGUUCAGUAAUCCCCGAGAGGAUGAUACUGCGAUCUCGAAAUAUUUCUGCAGUUGUGCCGAAGGAAACAAACGCACCAAGUAACCUUCAUCGACGGACUUGCAAGAGAGCGCCGCCGGUGGCAACGCUUGCAACGGGCAAAGAAGAAAUGGUGCCAGACUGUGCUACGCAGGACUCUGACGAGGAGUGCGUCCCUAUCGCCAGUACACGGCGCACAAGGAAAAGGCCUGCAGCACACGGGGACCGCGAUGAUUUCACGACUCCAGUGUUUUGCCGGAAGCGCCGCGUGCGCUUUGGGAGUGAGGAAGACCGCCCAUACACUAAUACAGCUGUAAGGAACAUCUUCACCCCAACUUCCUACCUCCCGAUGUCAACAGUGAACAAUGGUGUGAAAUUCCCUGAGGAUGACUUGAUGAGUCCAGACCAGUGCAUUUUUGGGUAUGACUCUUCAAGCCCUCUGGCAGAAGAGGAAGAAGAUGAUGAUGAUGAUGAGGUGUUUAAUCCGUACUACUUCAUCAAAAACAUUCCGUCUCAAUCCCAGCAAUCAAAACCUCGAACCCGGGACAUCCCGGUCAAGACCAGGAGCACCCCACAAGCCACACUUGUUUUGGACCUGGACGAGACGCUAGUGUUCAGCUCCCUGAACAUGAUUGAGAAUGCAGAACACACCUUCCACACCUAUUUUCAGGAUCACGAGUACAAAGUUUUCAUGAUACUGAGGCCUCACGUAAAAGAGUUUCUGCAAAGCAUGUCGAAAAUCUUUGAAAUGUUUGUCUACACUUCCGCCAAGAAAGAAUAUGCAGAGAAGAUCUUGGAGACACUGGAUCCUCAGAAAAAACUUUUUCGGCACCGUUUGUACCAGGAGGACUGCGCCUGUGUGCUUGGCCACUACAUCAAGGACCUGGACGUGCUGGAAAGGGACCUGGCCAAGACUGUGGUUCUGGACAACGCACCCCACGCUUUCCCUUACCACCUGAUGAAUAUGAUCCCCAUCAAGAGCUGGGCUGGAGACCGGGAGGACAACGAACUGCAGAAGCUCAUCCCUUAUCUCGAGAAACUGUCCGAAACGGAGGACUUCCGGCAGGUUCUGAAGCGCAGGAUGGAUCAUUUGCACAGACUGCUCUCAGAAGACUGAUGAGUGGAACUUAAGUGCUGUUAAUUAAUCUCUCAGUUAUCUGCUCAUGUAAAACAUACAAUAUUUUCAUUCUGUUCAGUGUUACCCUGGUCUUAGUGGUGUGAGCAGAAAAGAGAAUUCGGGAAGAUUUGGCAUUAAAGUCUCGAGAAGGCAGAUACUCAAGUUACAAUUACAUGGUUUUUUGAAGUAACUUCCUGCGGAACAUUGUGUAAUUACAUGGUGUUAUUUUGUAUAUUUUGUUAGGGGUGAAAAAUGCAUUUGACAUAUUUCAUAUUUAUACGAUUGGAUAUUUGCUGAAGCAAUUCAUGUACCUUUCUGAAUGGUACAAUUGCUGUGUCUCACCUGGGAACCAAACCUGUAAGGUGUGUUAUGGACCUGGUUUCCAAUGCUCUGCACUACAAUGCAGCUGGCUCAUUUUAGGUGUUUUUUUAUUUUAUUUUAUUUUUUUAUACAUAAAUGUCUGUGGACCAAGAAUGCCCAUCACAACAAGCGACUCCUGUUUACAAAGACGGCUGUUCUGCCCUGGAGUACUUCUUUGUAUCGCAUAGAAUAUUGUUCUCUCUGUUGCAUAGAAAACGUGCUGACUGACAAGCCAUGCUACCCUGUAAUAUACUGUACAUAUUUGUGCUGUUCAUAACAUAAUUUAGUUUAUUGAUAUAUAUAUAUACUCGCUGUAUUCAAGAAAUUGCUGCAGAGGGGACUUGAAGAGAGGACUAAAGUGCUGAAGAAGCGUUGACUUUAACAACCGUCUCUCAGCAUGCAUUGUAUGUAUUUGCUAAAAUGGCAAUAGUUAUGCAGUGUUUUAUUCCUCAUUUAUGGUUGUUCAUUAAAUGUAUUUGCACUUC